GGACGCCUUGCACUUCUUAGCUUCUCACAAGAAAAUUGUGCAAAAUCAAAACAUGGCGCGAGACGUAUGUUGAUUCUCAGCGUUUCCUUGACCAAGCCCGCAUGCAUUUAUUGAAAUAACCACAGCAGUGCUGACCUUAUGAAUCCCUCCAGGAAUGAGUGCAAAGAUGAGACCUCGAAGACGUCAGACUUUUGGGAAUAUCAUGGCCUCGCGAGAGAUGGGAUAAAUCUGCUCUUAAACAAUGGCUUUGAAGAAUCACAAAAGCUUUUUCGAAGUCACAGUGAUGGCUCUCCACUUAUGAGUGCUGGGUCUGGAAUGGUUGACUUUGUGCAAGCCAUUCUUACAUUUGAAGAUGACCAACUGGACAGAGCUCUUGAAAACCUCAAGAGAGCACAGAGAGUUUGCUAUGUGGAAAAUGCUCGGAAGGGUGCAGCGCUGGGGCUGGACGAGAUGCUGAUGAGGCAGAUUUUGUAUGCUGACUGUGAGCUUUACAUGGCUCUUCUGACAUUCCUCAAACAAGGCAUCACAGAUUACAUCAAAGGUGGAUAUCUGAUGCGAAGGGCAUGGAAACUGUAUGACAAAUGUUACUGUGAAAUAAGUGCCAUCGGUGGACCAUUCUUAGAAUGGGCCCCUGAACUGCGAUGUGACAAGAAUGGAACUUUGGAGUCUGAUCUGGAUGAUGUUGAGGAAGCGCUUGAUGAGUCUGAAGGAACAGGCGUUGUCUCACCCCUGGACCCAGAGGAUGUGGUAUCCCCAUUAGAUGGUCUUACCAUUCAUGAGGAGACAGGCAGCAAACUUUCACCUGGGGUAGUCAGCCCUGAGGCACUGAAGCACCUUCAGUCUGCUGUAUCAUGCGGCUAUGGUCUGUUUCAUUUGGCUAUCUCACUAGUGCCGCCCAAGCUGCUAAAAUUCUGCCAUCUUCUUGGUUUCUUGGGAAACAGAGAUGUUGGAAUUCAGGCGUUGAACUUAGCUAGUCAGAGUGAAGACAUGAAAGCACCUGUGGCAAGGCUCACCUUGCUCUGGUAUCAUGCUGUUAUUCGACCCUUUGUUGCUCUUGAUGAGGGCAGCAAUGAGGAAGGUCUGGCCAAUGCAACCGCUAUCUUGGAAGAAUCUUACCAAGAAUACCCAAACUCUGCUGUAUUUCUCUUCUUCAGAGGGCUUGUAUCGAGACUCAAGGGUCAUAUUGGAGAGGCUUUGGAUGAAUUUCACCAAGCCAUGCGCUCUGCAGCUGAACAACAGGAAAUAGCUCUUAUUUGUCAAUAUGAAAUAGGUUGGUGUCAUAUGUUAAGACUUGAGUGGGAAUACGCUCUGCCAGCAUUUCUAAGGCUCAAAGAAGAAUCCAAGUGGUCGCAAAGUUAUUACGCUUAUCUCUGUGGAGUCACUAUAGGAAUUUUAGGAAGCACAACAGAGGCUCAAGCGCAAUUUAAAUUAGUCCCUAAAUUUGUCAAGAAGAAAACGCCUCUGGAGCAGUUUAUUGUUAGGAAGGCUGCUAUGUACAAGAAAUCUCCUCCGUCAGAAGCUGACUGUCUGUUACUUGCAUUAGAGCUCCUGUAUGUCUGGAGAGCGCUCUACACGUGCAGCGAAACUGUCUUAAAUAGGAUUCUUUCUGCGCUAGAGGCCAGUGAAGUCAGUUUGAAUCUGAUUCCUCUCAAGUGUCUUAUUCAAGGGUCAGCUUGUCGAGUCCUCAAGAAAACUGACAUGGCUGUCAAGCAUUUCCAGGAUGCCGCGGUCAAAUCUGGCCGCAGUCCCCCAGACCCUCACGUGCCUCCGUUCGCUACUUAUGAACUUGGUGUUCUUUAUGCACAGGAUGAAAAGAUGAGCGCGAAAGGGGAAGAACUACUAAAACGAGUCAAGGAUACCUUUAGCGGGUAUGACUUUGAGAACAGGUUAAGUUUCCGCGUCCAUGCGGCACUUGCAAGACUAGAGGAACGAAAAGCCAGCCAAGAACAACCGAACACCUCGAGAUAGAGAACGUGGGUCGCUUAAACACCGACAAUUAGUGGCAAUACACCAUUUUUUAGUCAUCUCUUUUAUUAGAAACGUCACGCUCUUAAGUGUGACCUGGCAUCCUGGAAGCCAUGUCACAGUUUCUUCGAGGUGUUGCGUGACUGGUAGAGAACCGGAAAUUGGUUGGAAAAAUCCAGGCUUAAUAAUACUCGGGAUUUCACUGUUAUUAGCGUGAUAAGUUGACAGCACCGGCACCAAGGUUAGGAAAACAAGGCGAGAGUAAUAAAUUACUAUUCUUUUCGAAAAGAGCUCAUUUUUUACAGUGUAAAAUAUUUUAAGUCGUGUGACAGGAAUCGAACCACGAGACUCUUCAGUCACGCUGUUAAAUGUCCCUGAUAGCUUUUUAUCACACCUGCAUGCUUGUUUCUUCCAAACGGUAAUAUUUAUUAGGUGUUGGUUAGUUUCAGUUCAUUUGUCUCUACUUUCGAAUAGUGCCAAAAAUCAAAUUCAGAAUUUCACAAGUGCAAAUUGUUAUGUAGCUUAUGAAAGUACUGCCCAGUAGUUUUCAUUUGAAUGGUCACACACUAGGGUUUCAUCAACAGGCUUAAAAAUUAGGACCACCUUGUGCAGCAUAAAAUACAGCACCACACGAAAGUACUGCUCAGAAGCUUUCAUUUGAAUGGUCACACAGGUUUCAUCCACAGACUUAAUAAGUUAGAACCACCUUGUACAGCCUGC